AUAAAUUUCUUACAGAAACCCUAAAAGAUGGCUCCAACCGAGAAGAAACAAAAGCUUAGCACAUCUGAAACCGUAAGUCCCUCUCUCUCAAAGACGGAUCUAAAGAAGAAGAAGAAGACGAAGAAGAAGAAGGUGAGCAAAUCACUAAUAACCACAAGUCCCUCUCACUCAGAGAAGGAUUUGGUAACCCUAAGCCCCUCUCUAAUCUCAAAGGUUGACGUGGAAAAAGCGAUGAAGAAGCAAAAUGACGUUGCUAUGUUUCUUGCGGAGAAAGUAAUCUCUGCCGUAGCUGAAAACUCAAACUUCGUCUUCUCUCCUGCAUCAAUCAACGCCGCUCUCACCAUGGUCGCUGUUAGCUCACCAGACGAAACACUAAGAUCCUCCAUCUUAUCCUUCCUUAGGUCUUAUUCAGUGGAUGAGCUCAAAGCUGUUUUCAGUGAGAUUGCUACCAUAGUCCUCGCAGACGGAAGCGCAAGCGGUGGCCCUAAGAUCUCGAACGUCAAUGGAGUGUGGUUGGAGCAGUCGCUGGGUGUUGAUCCCUCGUUGAAGGAUCUCUUUGAGAAUUUCUUCAAGGCUACCUGCGCUCUAGUUGAUUUCAGAUUCAAGGCUGAAGAAGUGCGGGAGGAGGUGAAUGCUUGGGCUUCAAGGCACACUAAUGGUCUCAUCAAAGAUAUUCUUCUUCCUGGAAUGGUUACAAGCGACACCGACCGUAUUUAUGGAAACGCACUCUACUUCAAAGGAACCUGGGAACAAAAAUUCCCAAAGUCUUUGACAAGUGACUUAGAGUUUCACCUUCUCAAUGGCGGAUCAGUCACUGUGCCUUUCAUGAGGAACAAUAAGAAUCAGUACGUUGAGCAGUACGAGGGUUUCAAGGUCCUUAAGCUGCCAUUUCGACAAUCCGGUGAUAUCAAUCGCCAAUACUCAAUGUAUUUCUACCUACCGGACGCCAAGGAUGGAUUGAGUAGUCUGGUCAAGAGGGUGGCAUCAUCAUCAUCAUCAUCUACUUGUGGAUUCUUGGAUAGUCACACUCCAAGAAAACAAGUUGAAGUUGGUCAGUUCUGUAUCCCAAAGUUUAAGAUAGAAUUCGGGUUUGAGGCUUCAAGUGCUUUGAAUCUGGAUUCGGUUUCACUGCGCCAUAAAGCUUUGGUUGAGAUCGAUGAAGAUGGUGCAGAGGCUGCGGCUGUUACUGUUAGCUGUGGUGGUAGAGGCUUUAGUGGUAAGAGGAUUGAUUUUGUGGCUAAUCAUCCAUUUCUUUUUAUGAUUAGAGAAGACAAAACUGGAACUGUUUUGUUCGUUGGUCAGAUCUUUGAUCCUUCUAAAUCUGCUUCUGCUUAGGACCGACCGGUUUAUGGUUUUUUUCCCA